CCGCCGCAGGGUCACAUGACGAGUUGGAAACCUUUUAAAGCCUUCAACCUGCGGACCCGGACCUCCAGUCGUCUCCCCCGCCUUCACCACUCCAGCUGGUCCGCUUGGCUCCGAGGAUCCAACAUGUCAGACGCCGAGGAGAAUGUGGAGGAGUACGAGGAGGAGGAGGAGAAGGAAGGGGAUGAGAACGAGCACGACAGAGGGUCUAGACCACGGUUUAAGACCACCUACAUCCCAAACAUGGUUCCUCCAAAGCUCCCUGACGGAGAGAAGGUUGACUUUGACGACCUCCACCGCAAGAGAGUGGAGAAGGACUACAACGACCUCCAGACCCUCAUCGAGCAGCAUUUCUCCAGCCGUCGUCAGGAGGAGGAAGAGUUGCUCGCCCUGCGCAGCCGCAUCGAACAGCGGCGGGCCGACAGGGCCGAGCAGCAGCGGGUCCGGGCGGAGCAGGACCGCGAGCGCCAAGCCCGGGUGGCAGAGGAGAGGUCGAGGCGGGAGGAGGAGGCCGCCAAGCUGCGGGCCGAGGAGGAGGCCAAGAAGAAGAAGAUAUUCUCCAACAAGUCCUUCGGCGGAUACCUGCAGAAGGUCGACCAGAAGAAGGGCAAGAAGCUGACGGCCCGCGAGGAGAAGAAGAAGGUGCUGCUGGAGCGCAGGAAGCCGCUCAACAUCGACCACCUGAGCCAGGAGAAGCUGGCGGAGAAGGCGCAGGACCUGUGGCAGUGGCUCCACCAGCUGCACGCUGAGAGGUUCGAGCUCGCCGAGCAGCUCAAGAAGCAAAAAUAUGAAAUCCACGUGCUCCGAAACCGAGUCAGCGACCAUCAGAGAGGCUCCAAAACAUCCAAGACCUCCCGGGCGGCGUCCCGGGGUGCCAAAGGGAAAGCAGGCUCCUGGAAGUAGGCCCAGGGUCCACAACAACUGAGAAACUGAGGUUCUUUUCUGACUCUUUGGUGCAGAUUCCUUCAUCUGUAGAGCUUAGGAGACUGAGGGGAUUCAAAGGAAUAAAUUUAACCCAUUUUAGUAUAAACUGUCUUUAAAAACAGCAAAAAGGAUGUUUUCUAUGUCCCUUUGGUCCAUCCUACCAUCCACUCAUAAAUUGUUCUGCAUUAGAUUUAAUUAUUUCCUCAAACUUUCCUAAAUAUGUUUCCUGACUGUUUAUUGUUGCUA